CCAAAAGAGCGAAGACUGUCCAAAGCCGAUCUAUCGAGAAUCGACGCCCAAACCGCGCAGAACGGCCGGCCGAGGAACGCAUGUUCCGCUCUCGGCCAAAAUUGCGUCCGUCCGUCUGAAGUCUCGGCCAAAGUUCAAAACCGUUCGGCCGAUCAUGCAUCACGACCCGGGAAACUAAGACCCGCAGUCGGCCACGCCACGACCGUCCACGCCUCGCCGCGCACGACCAUGCCGCGCGAGCCGGGAAACAAAGCCUCGCGGCCGCGUAACCUAUCUCGCGUACCACGGCCGAUGGUUCCGGCUCGUCCCAAGUCCGGCCGAGAAACCAUCGACCAUUCCAUCAACCGUCCGACCACACCGGCCGACCGUUAA